AGCACAAAAUAUAAAUAUAUAAAAACCAAAAAUAUCCAAUUCAAUAAUUAAUUAAUCAUGUUUUUUGAGUUAGACGACAUCAGAAGAAGACAUUCCUUGUAUUUUGAUUGUUAUAAUGCUGGUGUAUGGACAGAUGCUCCUGAGAAGUAAAUUAUAUCUUUAAUAAAUUAGUUCAUGGAGAUGGAAUUUUACAAGAGGAGCAAUCUCAGGAUUAUUAGGAAGUGUUGUAGGUGAAACAUGGCAUAAUUUUUAUGAGAAUUGGAAAUUACUGUAAUAAAUAUAUAUAUUUAAGUUUACGAUCAUAUGAAUAACCAAAUAAUUUGAAAGAAUUGUAUAAUUUUAGUAAAGCAACUGUCAAUCUUGAGAAUUUCAAAAGAUCAAUGGGUACUAGAAUGUAAUUUGCUUUUGCCUCAGGUGGUAUUGAUUGGGCUUUGAGAUUAGCAACAUUUAGAGCUAUUAAUCAUGGAUGGCAAAGUAUUUAUAUUAAAUAUUUAAUUAAGGAACUUGGGGUACAUUUGAAUAUGGUUUCAUGAGAAAAAUUCCUGGCUCUAUGUUUAUGGCUCUUAUUACUGCACCUAUUGGAAUUCCAUUUGAAGUUGCUAGAAUGGCAUAUUAUGCUGAUAAAACAUUCCCUAAAGAAUUAUAAAAAGGAUAUACCUCAUUUUUCAAUGCUUUAUGGAGAAUUCCAUUUGAAGAAGGACCAUACUAUUUCUAUAAAAAUUCCUUCCCUCUCUUUGCUAGAAACUUUUUAUAAACAUUAACUCUAUUAUACUCUUUUGAUUGGAUGAAGGAUAAAGUAAAUAAUUAUAUAUUUACAUCUAAAGCUCUCUGUUCUUACAAGAGUUUCAGAAAUCCCAUAUUUCCCAGUUAAAGUUUUAAACUGUUUCUUAUCUACAUACUUGGCCAUAAUAACUAGUUAUUCUCUUUCUUAAGUGACUCGAGAAAUGGUAGAAUUAUGGCCGAAACCUAAUGGGGUUUGUCCUUAUGAGGGAAAUUAUAGAAAAGCUGCUACUCAUAUUUGGUAUUUUUAUUUUAUAAUCAAAACUAAGGUAUGCCAGAAAUUUCAAUAACUAUUUCCCAGGUAUGUUAAGAAAUUAUGCCAGCAGAUAAUUCUUACCAAUGUUUGUUACUCUUUGGUGGGCUGAUUCUUUUGGAUUAUUUACUUACUGGAAAAUAGAUAUGUUUAGUGGAGCAGGAUCAAAUACAUGGGAAGAUUCAUUUUGUUGAAAUUUAUAAAUCA